GCCACUUAGCCAGUUAGCUUCCCUGGAGCUGGCUGGGGGGGACGGCGCUCGCAGCACCGUCGAUCCGCCCGAGGAGCGCUGUCAAGCGGGCUAGGCGUCGGACCGCAGCUCGGCCAACACAGCUCCGGCCGGACGGAUAUUAUCAAACCUGAGCGUGUAUUUGACCCCCUCCCUCCCUCCCUCACCCCUCUCCCCCACCAACCCCCCCCUCAAUCCCAUUAACGCCUGAUUGACAGCGUUCUACCCGGGGGAAGAUGAAGAAGUUCUACAUCAGGAAGGUGCUGGACGGGCUGACGGCGGCCUCGUCGUCCGCCCCGGCGGCGGCUCAGCCCGGGGCUCCGCGGGAGAGCGACGCGGUGCCGGAGACGCUCCAGUCCGAGCAUUUCCAGCUCUGCAAGACCGUGCGUCAUGGCUUCCCUUACCAACCGUCCUCCAUGGCUUUUGACCCCGUGCAGAAGAUCCUGGCCGUCGGGACUCAGACCGGAGCGCUGAGGCUUUUUGGCCGCGCCGGCGUGGAGUGCUACUGUCAGCACGAGAGCGGCGCCGCCGUCAUCCAGCUCGAGUUCCUCAUCAACGAGGGGGCGCUGGUGAGUGCCUUAGCUGACGACAGCAUCCACCUGUGGAACCUGAGGCAGAAAAUCCCCGCCAUCCUGCACUCCCUGAAGUUCAACCGGGAGAGAAUCACAUACUGCCACCUGCCCUUCCAGAGCAAAUGGCUGUACAUCGGCACGGAGCGAGGAAACAUCCACAUCGUCAACGUGGAGUCCUUCACCCUCUCAGGCUACGUCAUCAUGUGGAACAAAGCCAUCGAACUGUCCACCAAGACGCACCCGGGGCCGGUGGUGCACAUCAGUGACAACCCCAUGGAUGAGGGGAAGCUUCUGAUUGGGUUCGAGUGCGGAGUUGUGGUGCUGUGGGACUUGAAGUGCAAAAAAGCCGACUACCGCUACAACCACGACGAGGCGAUCCACUCGGUCGCUUGGCACCACGAGGGGAAACACUUCGUCUGCAGCCACUCGGACGGCACUUUGACCACAUGGCACGUACGAAACCCCGCCAAGCCCGCGCAGACCAUCACGCCGCACGGAAAGCAGCCCAAGGAUGGAAAGAAGCCCGAGCCGUGCAAGCCCAUCCUGAAGGUGGAGUACAAAACCACGAGGGCCGGGGACCCCUUCAUGGUCCUGUCGGGGGGGAUGUCCUACGACACGGUGGGGAGGAGAGCCUGCCUCACUGUCAUGCAUGGGAAGAGCACCGCCGUCCUGGAGAUGGACUACCCCAUCGUGGACUUCCUGGUGCUGUGUGAAACUCCGUAUCCCAACGACUUUCAGGAGCCGUACGCUGUGGUGGUUCUCCUGGAGAAGGACUUAGUCGUAAUAGACCUCGGACAGAUCGGGUACCCAUAUUUGAGAAACCCGUACCCGCUGGCCAUCCACGAGUCCCCCGUCACCUGCUGUGAGUAUUUUGCAGACUGCCCCUCCGAACUCAUCCCUGCACUUUACUCCGUCGGCAGCCGGCAGAAGAGGCAAGGCUUCAGCAAGAAGGAAUGGCCCAUUAGUGGUGGAAACUGGGGUCAAGGCACACAGAGUUACCCGGAGAUCAUAAUCACAGGACAUGCUGACGGAUCAAUCAAAUUCUGGGAUGCUUCUGCAUUGAUGGGGAGAGUUGUGUAUCGUCUGCAUAGCAGUGGCCUUUAUAUGGCAAAGUGAAGGGGCCCCAGUACCGAGCCCUGGUGCGCCCCUCUGGAGCCUUUUUCCUGCCUUUCCACUUUAAAUGACCAGUUGAAGUCAGCAGGUGAAAUUAAAAUCAACAAACGUGUCUUCUCCUUCUGAUUUCAGCUUCUGGAGGUGCGAAUGCAGUGUGAGCUGAACGACGUGGACUCCCCCGACCCUGGAGGGGAUCAAACCCCCACGCUGCCGACCCCCGGAGCCUCCAGCCCUCAGGAGAGCGAACCUCCCAAUCAAACCUCUACGGGCAACAACUCCUCCGAUGGCCCCCGAGACAAUAUACCGUGUCUACAGGUGCGGAGCUCGCCGCUGAAGCAGUCGCCGGGCUACCAGGUGGAGCUGGUCAUCCAGCUGGUGUGGGUGAGCGGGGAACCGCCUCAGCAGAUCAGCAGCCUGGCCAUCAACUCCUCCUACGGCCUCGUGGUGUUGGGCAACAGCAGCGGCCUGGCCGUGGUGGACUACCUGCAGAAGACCCUGCUGCUCAACAUGGGAACGCUGGAGCUGUACAGCCCGUCAGACCCGUACCAGAGGCAGCCGCGCUCGCCGCGCAAGACCCGCCAGCCGUCCGGAGCGCUCAGCGACCCCAACGACGGUCCCAACGCCUCAGAAGACCGAUGCAAGUCUCCCACUUCAGACGCCGCCGGCGUUCACCGCGUAGCUUCCACCUCGCCCUGCGAGUCCGACGAUGAACGCAAAGCCAAUUUCAUAGAGAAGGUGAAGUUCAAAAGCAGACGCUUUUCCAAGACGGUUGCCAAUGACUUUGCCAAGAUGUCACGGAAAAUUAGUUCAUCUAGUGAUCAAAAGUCUGACCUGGAGAUUCGGGUCCCACCGCGGCGAUCGCUCUCGUGUAAGAACAACAUAAAAAACCGCCCGAGGGCAGUGGGGAUGAGCUUGAGGCGGAACGUCUGUAGAACCGAGUCAGAGCCCGCCCGCCAUGCCAAGGACAGCGCCUUCAGCCGCUCGCGCAGCUCCAGCGUGACCAGCCUGGACCGGGAGUCCAGGGAGGUCAUCUCCUCCUUCCACUUCUGCGAGAGCUUCCCCCGCAAGGCGGACAGCGUGCUGGCGCCGUGCCUGCUGGUGGGGACGAGCCAGGGCUCCGUGAUGACGCUGGCCCUCGGCCUGCCGCCCGGCGGGGAGCCGCGGCUGCAGCAGCCCGUCAGCAUCGCCUCCUGCGGCACGCUGGUCCGACUGAACGGGGGCGUCCUGACCAUGGCCCUGCUGGACGCCGCCGGGGCCCUGCUUUCCCCGUCCUACGAGUCGUGGUACGACCCCAACGCCUCGGACGAGGAGAAGGAGAAGGUGCGGCGGCGCCGGCCGGCCUCGCCGCCCUCGGCGCCGGAGGCCCAGGACGGCCAGUUCGCCGUGCUGUGCUCGGAGAAGCAGGCCAAGGUGGUGUCGCUGCCGUCGCAGACCUGCGUCUACAAGCACAACAUCACCGAGUCGUCCUUCGUGCUACGGGCCGACGUGGUGCUGAUGGCCGGAUCCUACUGCAUCACCUGCUUCUGCGCCAACGGACACAUCAUGACGCUCAGCCUGCCCAGCCUGAGGCCUCUGCUGGACGUCAACUACCUGCCGCUGACGGACAUGAGGAUAGCCAGGACCUUCUGCUUCUCCAACCUGGGCCAGGCGCUGUACCUGACGUCCCCCACGGAGAUCCAGAGGAUCAGCUACAGCCAGGAGACCUGCGACAACCUGCAGGAGAUGCUCAGCGAGCUGUUCACCCCCGUGGAGACGCCGGAGGCGCCGAACCGAGGAUUCUUCAAGGGUCUGUUCGGGGGCGGAGCCCAGUCCCUGGACCGGGAGGAUCUCUUCGGUGAGACGGCGGCGGGGAAGGCGUCCCGCAGCCUGGCCCAGCACAUCCCCGGCACGGGCAGCAUGGAGGGCAUGAAGUGCGCGGCGUCGGGCGUGGUGGGGGAUCUGGCCCGGGCCCGGGUCGCCCUGGACGAGCGCGGACAGAAGCUGGGCGAGCUGGAGGAGCGGACGGCCGCCAUGAUGGCCAGCGCCGACUCCUUCUCCAAGCACGCCCACGACAUGAUGCUCAAGUACAAGGACAAGAAGUGGUACCAGCUCUGAUGGAGGCAGCGACACCGGACUCUCCGGACUCUCACCAGAACCCCGAGGAGCCGCAGCUCCCGCUGCUCUUACUCAGUUUCUUUCCACUGGGAGGAUGAGAGGAUGAGAGGAUGUAAGGAUGGAAGGAUGGAUGAAAGGAUGAAUGGAUAGCUGCAUGAUGAUUGAUAAAUGGAUGGAUGGAUGGAUGGAUGGAUGGAUGGAUGGAUGGAUGGAUGGAUGGAUGGGAAGAUGAGAAGAUGGAAGUAGGGCUGGGCGAUAUGGACCAAAAGUCAUAUCUCGAUAUUUUCUAGCUGAAUGUUGAUACUCGAUAUAUAUCGAUAUUUCUUUCUGUGCCAUAAUUGGGGUUUCCCCCAAAGCAUUAUAGCAUAGCAUCUCUGUUAGCAUCUCUGUUAGCAUCUCUGUUAGCAUCUCUGUUAGCAUCUCUGUUAGCUUCAUUUUUUUCUGAGGCAAACCCUUAAAAAACAGUCAGUUUUAAUACAAAGCCUCGUGCCAAAUGUCACACAGGUUCCUUUAUUAACAGAGGUCUGCACAAUAUCAAAAUGUAUAAAACAAAUGAAAUAAAAAUAAACUGCCUGCAUAUAUAGAAUAAAAAUGCUUCUUGAAUAAAAUAAAACAAAUAUCCUUUUCCUGCAUAACAAUUAAAUUAAAAUACACUGUACAAUUAAUACAAUGUAGACAGUAACAGGCAGACGUUUCCACUGAGGUUGACAGUUGUGCAAAUAACAAAACAUUUGUGCAAAUCUCAAAUAAAACAUCCAAGUUAAUUUGUCACAAAAUAAGCUAUAUCAAAAUCAUUAAAAAAAAAAAUAUAUACUUUUUUUUUUUUUUUUUUUUAAUCGAUAUAAACGAUAUUGUCUCGUACCAUAUCGCGUUUGAAAAUAUAUCGAUAUAUAUUAAAAUCUCCAUAUAUCGCCCAGCCCUAGAUGGAAGGAUGGAUGAAAGGAUGAAUGGAUAGCUGCAUGGAUGGAUGGGAGGAUGAGAGGAUAAAAGGAUGGAUGAGGUUCUGUCCGACAGAACCUUUCCCUCUCUCUCUCCAUCCUCAGUAUCCGGUGGAAAGAAACUGAGAAGGAGAAGCUCCUCCCCUUUGGCUCCUUGGCUCCUCCCCCUCGACUCCUCCCCUCACGUUGCCGGGGGCGACCCAUGUUUGACACCAGUCCUUACCGAAGCCACCGGACCUUCUCCAUCCGUCACUCGUGUACGUCUCAUAUAAUCUGCACAUCCGGCCGGGAGGACGGGAAUCUAAAACAAACGAAAGAAAAGAAAACCAACCCCCACGUCCUGGGAGUGGCCCGGCUGCACUCCUCCUUCUUCUUCUCUUUCUUCUUCUUCUUCUGUUCCUGCCCUUUAUCAGAAGCGUCUGCCGAACACAGAGGACUUAAACGAGGAGAAAAGUCUGAUCCUUCACAACUAAUCAGUUCCACGAUCACGUUGAGGUUCCGCCGGAUCGAUUUGAUCAGUGAAGGACAUCUUUUUGUUUUCUGUUCGUUUGUUUCUUUGUUUUUUGCCCUUUUGUCGAUAUGUUUUUUUUCUUUUUUCUUUAGCGUUUUAAAGAAAAAGGGCCGUCCUUAGCACUUAAAGCCGUAGACCGAUGGACGCAUGAAGACUGUUGCCUCUCACCGAACAAGGGCUGGUAGUUCACUAGUUCACCUUUUUACCGCCGCCGCGCCGUCCUUCCUUUAGCUUCACGUAUUUAUCGGCGCGGCGUCACAGACCGGACGGAGACGCGUGCGUGGUGGGCAUUAAAGUUUAUUUUACUUGCUUUUGUCGGGUUUUCUACCGAAGAGUAUCAGGGCCGUGCAGGAGAAAAAAUAUUUGAGAGGGGAAGAUUUUUUUUUAUUGUGCACUUCGAGAAAAAAGUCGAAAUGUCAAGAAAAAAGUCGAAAUGUCGUGAAUAAAGUUGAAAUUUCGAGAAUAAAGUUGAAAUACAUUCCGACUUUUUUCUCGGAAUUGAACUUCAACAUUAUUCACGACAUUUUGACUUUUUUCUCCACAUUUCGUGAAUAAAGUUGAAAUUUCAAGAAAAUAGUAAAAAUGUCGAGAAAAAAGUCAAAAUUUCGAAAAUAAAGUUGAAAUUUCAAGAAUAAAGUUGAAAUACCUUCAGACUUUUUUCUCGGAAUUGUACUUCAACAUUAUUCACGACAUUUUGACUUUUUUCUCCACAUUUCAUGAAUAAAGUUGAAAUUUCGAGAAAAUAGUAAAAAUGUCAAGAAAAAAGUUGAAAUGUUGAGAUUAAUGUUGAAAUACAAUUUCGAGAAAAAAAGUCAAAAUUUCGUGAAUAAUGUUGAAAUACAUUCCAACUUUUUUCUCAGAAUUGUACUUCAACAUUAUUCACGACAUUUUGACUUUUUUCUCCACAUUUCGUGAAUAAAGUUGAAAUUGCGAGAAAAUAGUUGAAAUUGCGAGAAAAAAGUCAAAA